AUGUCUGCAAAGGAUAGGUUACCGAUUUUCCCGUCCAGAGGUGCUCAAAUGUUGAUGAAAAGCCGUUUGGCUGGAGCACAAAAGGGUCAUGGACUUCUUAAGAAAAAAGCUGAUGCUUUGCAAGUGAGGUUCCGUAUGAUCUUGAGCAAAAUAAUUGAGACUAAAACCCUGAUGGGUGAAGUUAUGAAAGAAGCAGCAUUUUCCUUAGCAGAAGCUAAGUUCACCACAGGGGACUUUAACCAGGUUGUUUUACAAAACGUCACCAAGGCUCAGAUCAAAAUUCGUUCAAAGAAAGACAAUGUGGCUGGUGUCACACUCCCAAUUUUUGAGUCUUACCAAGAUGGCUCUGAUACUUAUGAGCUAGCUGGUCUUGCACGAGGUGGACAGCAACUGUCAAAGCUUAAGAAGAACUUCCAGAGUGCUGUGAAGCUUCUGGUUGAGUUAGCGUCUCUUCAGACCUCUUUCGUCACUCUUGAUGAAGUGAUUAAGGUCACAAACAGACGUGUUAAUGCUAUUGAGCAUGUCAUCAUCCCACGACUGGAAGCAACAUUGCAUUACAUUAUUUCCGAGUUGGAUGAAGUGGAGCGUGAAGAAUUCUACCGGCUGAAGAAGAUCCAGGACAAGAAGAAAAUCAUUAAAGACAAGGCAGAAGCUGAAAAAGCCGCAUUAAAAGCCGCCGGUGCUGACGUACGUGACAUCGCCAAUCUUCUUGAUGAAGGCGACGAAGACCUGCUCUUCUAA